UUUAGUGUUUCUGGUGGUACGUCGUAGAAACAUGGGUAGCACGAGUGAAGAGAAUAUUAUGGAUGGUGAGAUUGUUCCUUCUUCACUUGCUGUUCUUGUGCCUAUUCUUAGAGCUGCCAAUAGUAUUGAAUUGGAGAAUCCUAGAGUUGCCUUUCUUUGUCGCUGGUAUGCAGUUGAGAAGGCUCAUACAAUUGAUCCAACAUCAAGUGGCCAUGGCGUCCGACAAUUCAAGACUAAUCUACUGCGCAAGGUCGAAAGGGAAGAGGAGAUAACACAGAAACAUACUAACAGAACUGAUCCCCGAGAGCUACUGAAUUACUACCAAACUUUCUACGAGACUAGAAUCAGGGAUGGUGAAUUUACUAAAGAACCGGAGGGGAUGGUUACGAAUGUUCAGAUUGCCACUGUCUUGUAUGAAGUACUGAAGACUAUUCUAGCUCAUCGAACUAUCGAUGAGAAGACAAAAAAAUAUGCUGCGGAUGUUGAGAAUAAGAAGGGACAGGAAGCUACCAAAGCGAUGAUGUAGUACCAGAUGAGAGUCCUCUUGUGGCAUGCAUUAGUGAACCAUCUGAGGAAAAGAUUGAUAAUGCUUUGAAGGAACUAUCUAAAUCUCAAGGGUGAUGAUUUGAUGAUGUCAAGCACUAAGUAAAUAACAGCUAUGUGUAAUUUUCUUAUACUUUGCUUUAUUACAUUUUGUAAAAAGAAACAAAAUUUGUACUAUGCAUAUUAACUUUUUAUAUUAUGAAGCACAGAAUCUGGACAAAGGUAUAUACUUAGUUUUA